UUGUCAAAAUCUAUUUAUAAGCAUUGGAAUACGCGGUCUCGUGCUUGCAGUGCUUGCUUGUUGCAUUUUGCGAACAUUUUGCCAACUUUUAAUUGAUAUUUACUUACUCGGAAUACUUACGCAAUCUUUUACAAUCCGGAAAUGGCAUUGCCUGAUGGACUUGCAAGUAGCAUGAAGAAAUUUCAGGCUCAUAAUGAUCUCCCAGUUUUUUUAAAAGGGGGGCCAGCAGAUAAAAUAUUAUUUGGCUUGACUGUGGGACUUUGCGGCUUGGGUAUCGUAAGCAUCUUAGAAAUGGUUUAUACUAUGGGUUUUAAGAAGAAAGCAGCUUAAAUAAAAUUUAAAAUAGUUAACAUGGUAUAAAACUGAAAAAUAAUAAAAAUAAUAUAUUUUUCUGGUUUAAAGAAUA